AGUGAGGAAGAAGAAGAAGCGGCAGGACGGGACGGGACAGCGCGCCGCCCCCCUCCAGACUGCUCCGGGCUCCGGACUUCAGCUCGACAGCUCGGAGUUUUAACGCAGCGGAAGGAAAGUUUAGCGUCGCAGUCUGAUUCUGGAGCCGGAGAGGACUUUCAGACUGGUGCAGGUUUGCGAAGGGUUUUUCAGUUUUUAGCCUAGUGUUGUUCAGCUUCGGACUUUCGGUUUUAAGUUUUAGGAUCACAUAAGAAAAGUAAAGCAAAUAAAGAGAGAAUCCGUUUACAAAAGCGCUUUGAAAGUGAUCGCGCGGCGCCUUUUAAUGGCGGUGUCCCGCUAAGUGAGCGAUGAUUGAUUUGGAAAUGUCAGCGCCGCCGCUGCGCGCUGCUCCGCACACUGCAUCAUCCCGGCGGGGCUGAGGGAAAGUAAGAAACCACCUGUUGUGAAAGUUUUCUGGAGCUUCUCACGGAUAAACCCGAGCUGCUAAAACCAGACGCCGGACGGAGCCGAGUGAGAGACGCGCAGAGAGCGGAAUGCGGUUUUUACGCACGGGGCAGGCGCAGUUUCUGAGAAGAGGCUCCCCGUUAAUGAGCGAUCAUCUCCGCUGACGUCUCUCCGGGCUCCGUGUUGUGUGUUGGCAGUGAGCAUGUUGCCAUGGUGCCCCGGGCCCAGAUGAGCAGGACUCCGGAGCUCCGGUCGGGAUGGCUCGGGAGGACGCGGUGAGGUGUCUGCGCUGUCUGCUGUACGCGCUCAACCUGCUGUUCUGGCUGAUGUCAGCAUGUGUGCUGGGAGUGGCAGUGUGGAUCAGAGACCCCCUGAACACCGUCCUGACCCUGACAGCCCACACCAGGUUGGAGGAAGCGGCCGUCCUCACAUAUUCUCCAGCCGUUCAUCCCGUCAUCAUCACUGCGUGCUGCUUCCUCAUCAUCGUGGCCAUGGUGGGAUACUGCGGCACGCUCAAAUGCAACCUGCUGCUGCUGUCCUGGUACUUCAGCAGUCUGUUGGUGAUCUUCUGUGUGGAGUUGGCGAGCGCUGUUUGGACCUACGACGAGCCCUCAGUGCAGCGCUCUGAUAUGAUCAGUCUGAAGUCUCGGAUGCCGAACUACGGCCUGCAGCGUUACCAGUGGCUCACACACACCUGGAACAAUUUCCAGACAGAGUUUAAAUGCUGUGGGGUGAUCUACUUCACUGAUUGGCUGGAGAUGACAGAGAUGGAGUGGCCACCUGACUCCUGCUGCUCCAAUCAGUAUCCAGGAUGUGCUCGCCACGCCCACUACCACGACCUCAGUGACCUCCACCAAGAGGGCUGCGGGCCAAAGAUCUACAGUUUUAUUCGAGGGACGAAGCAGCUGCAGGUGUUGCGUUUCCUGGGCGUGUCCAUCGGCGUGGCUCAGAUCCUGGCCAUGGCGCUCACCCUCACGCUGCUCUGGGCGCUUUAUUAUGGGCGAAGGUCUCCAGGGCUGGACUCCACAACGCCGCCGCCGGAUGACUCCGCCCCCCUCACAGUGACACACGGGCCCUCAGCUGAAGCUUCAAAGUCAGGCUGCAACCGCACAAAUAAAAGCUGUUCUAUCGCGACCGCCGCCGCCGCCAAGCCGAGUGAACUCCAGUUUGAGAUGGAGCGUCUCUCGUAGCAGAUGGAUUCAAACUGCAGCCUGAACGCAACCGAGGGAAAUCAAAAGAAUACUUUUAUUCAUCAUUUCUGUCAGUAAUAAUAACAUCUGAGAUCAGGGGUGACGGCACGAAACAGAAGUCUGACGCAGAGAUCUUCAUGGGUCCACUCAGUUCAUAGAAACUAAGACCCACCUGGGACUCAAGUAUGUCCAGGUCCAGAUUGUAUCCAGUCUAAUCCCAUGUGGCAGCGUGAAGUUGUGCUGCAGGUCUCAGGUCUGGGUGUCACGAUGUCUUUUUGACUCGGGUCUCUUGUUUUGAAAAUCGGUUUCUGCAUGUUGGAUUGGGUCGGUUUUCCAAAGAUCUGUUUUCCAUCAGGUCCAAAAUUGUGGACCCAUAAAGACAUCCACUGCAUCUUUUUUACGUUUUAUUAAAACGUAUCCAUGUUUUUAAAGGACGUGGUUGUUCAUGGAAGGGGUUUGAUAUAUUAAACUCACUUUGCAAAGGCUUCGGUUUAAAAGUUAAUUAAUAGCUACAGCACAAAUCAUUCGCUUGUUUAACCUGAAUUCCAAUUUCAGUCAAACAGGUGAUUCUCAAGGCCGUUGUUCAGACUUCCAAAUCCGUUUUUUGGCUUAUCCAGAUUGAUUUUAGACAAAAAAAACAACAUUUGGAGGUGGUUUGAGAUGCGAUUCCAAUCGGAUUUCUACAGAUGCGUCUCAGUCCGGACGCUCUGGCCGCUCAAAUCGGGUUUCAAAGUGUCUCGCAACGCGACGCACAACGACGACGUCAAAUCCAGAGUGACGGAAGUGAGUCAGAGUCCACGCUGCCAGCAGGGCGGUAUGGAGGACAACACAGACCGCACCGCGACUUGACAGCUCGAUAUUUGGGGGGCGAGAUGACGCUGGAAAGCCGAGUCACCAGCGUACGUAGGUACCGACGCCUACGUCCUUACCACAGCGACCCAUGGAGAUAGGUUGGUGACGACUGGACACAAGUCCGAUGUGAUCCCUUGCAGUGCAGACAGUCUGUCUUAAAGAUCUGAGAAACAAAUCUGAUUUGCCUGCAGUGUGAACAAAGCCAAGGUGAUGCAAAGUGAUUCACAUUGGAAGAGUCAACUCUCAGGUGACUUUAAGACGACACAGAAACUUAAAUGUGUUUUUGUUUUUAAGAAUAAAGUCAUCCAUGUUUGGAUGAGUAGGUUUUUCACAAGUCUGUUUGGAUUGGAUACAGAAUUUUGGACCUCUAGUUCAGAGCUUUUCAUAGCAUUUGGUCCAUUAAAAGUAGGCCGAAUUAGCUAUUAGCGCCUUUUUUCUAUAACGUUUUAGCAGAUUGAAUGACAUUUUUUCUCGAUGGACAUCAGAGAUAAUGAUAUCCUCGGGAAGUGGAAGUGUGUGACUACAAAUUCUGAUGCAAACUGCGGUUCACCUCUGGUCCCGUCCAACGGCCAGAAACACGAGAAGCCGGACGAUCAGACAGAUUAUCUCAAGCAUUUUAUUUUUAGGUCAGCCUGAAAGUGAGCUUAACUCUGCGUCUGUAGCUACGUGUUUAGGAACUAACGGACUGAAUCCAACCGGUGCUGCAAAGGUUAUAUUUUACCGUUACCGCUUCACCGCUUCCCAACAGGUUUGUUUCCAACCUGCCUGAUCGUCUUUCAGUGACGUCACCGAUCACACAUAUUGACUGGUGAAUAAAAUGUUAUUUUGUUGAUAGAAAUGACGGAUAAAACCACAGAAAUGUGACCAGAGUUGUAUGAAAGCGGAGUUAUGAGAUCGCUGCAGAUUUUAAGAAAACUCAUCAGGAACUCGGUGAUGAAGAGGUACAACGAGAAAAACGCCGUUAACUCUAAACGCUGCAGAAACAGAGUCCGGUACUUUUCUUGGUACUUUGUGGUUUUUCACUGGAUGAGAACAUGAACUGAAGCACUAAUGGAAACGACCACUGUUUGAGAAAAGAGGAACUUUCUUCUCUUCGGGUUUCUCUCCACUAAAAAGACAGAAAAACAGCUUGACAUCAACUAUUUAACAAACGUUUUCAGCCAGACUGUGUAAAAACUUUGAAGACCUAAAUGGAGUUGUUGCUGUCAGUUGUCGAGGCGUGUCAGGACCCACUGGAAGAUAAGCAGACAUGUUUAUCAGAGUGUUAUAUUGUAUUUGAGAAAAUGUGCUUGCAUGGUGUUGAAUAUUUAAUAAUAUUUGUCUCACAGUUAUUGGAGCAUUUGAUCAUUUUCUUACUGGAAUAAAAACUAAACAUUAAAGCAGCAUCACACCGAUCUGUCUUCAGAACAAACUGUGGACGUUUGAUUUAGUUACCAGACUGUCUGCAGACGAGCCGGGUGGGGUAACUGCUCUAAACAUAAUGAUGUGGAUGAGGUUUUCAUGUCUAUUUCAGUAAAAACAUACAACCCUUUUUAUAUCAACUCCCCUUUUGGUGACAAAUAAAACGACUUGUAAUGAAACUGGAA